UGGAAACAUUUUGGCUUUAUGUCUGGUCGUAGUACGGUCUCCCAUUAUCCUUUUCCAUGAAAAAGAAUGAGAACGAAAGAGACAGACAAGACUCUGAUUGGUGAAUCUGAAGAUGGAGUACAUUUACAAAUACAGGGUCUUCCUAAACAUUCAGGCAUACAAAACCUAGCACAAACAUCCGACAUUUGCUUCCCAUGCCAGCUAAAUCAAAGACCCGCCGGACUGGAGUUGUGUCCAACGGCAACAGGGAUCACCGGCCAUCAAGUUCUCAGCUGAGUUGUAGACCAUCCCACUUUUUCAAGAUAAUACUCCCCUCCUCCAUGCAUGACAUGAAACUGAGUCUCCCUGAAAAGUUUGUACGGCAAUUUGGGUAUGAACUGUCCACUGUUGCUGUACUCACUGUUCCCAAUGGUUGCGUUUGGCGAGUGGGAUUGGAGAGAGCUGACAAGAAGAUUUGGUUUCGUGAAGGUUGGCAGGAUUUUGUAGAAUAUCUUUCUAUACAGCAAGGGUACUUUUUGGUCUUCAAAUACAAAGGGAAUUCCAGUUUCCAUGUUCUAAUAUUUGAUAUGACUGCUACCGAGAUUCAUUAUCCAUCUAAUGGCAAAGAUUUUAAAUUGAAAGAUCUGGUUGACAUAACCGAAUGUGAUGGCGUAAAAGACUCAAGGCAGGGUGGUAAUGCGAUAGAAAAUGAAACGCCUACAGCAGAUGAAUUGUCCGCAAAACAUGGGGAAGAUGUAGAAAUGAAUGCUGUGCCCCCAAGAGGAGGAAAUGCGGUGUUCAGAGAAAGAGAAAGGGAAAUUGAAGCAGCCACAAUGUUCAAGACUAAAAAUCCUUAUUUCUUUCGUAUCCUUCGGCCAUAUAAUUUAAACAACUCAUUUCUGUUAUUGCCUACGGAAUUUGCCAAGAAGUAUGUUAUAGGGUUAAAAAUUGUGAAACUUCAAGCAUCUGAUGGAAGACAGUGGCAUUGCCUGGUCCGUGGCGUCAAGGGUGCAGCAUUGCCUUUAAGAAUCAGCAAAGGAUGGAAGACAUUUUGCAAGGACAAUCAAUUAAAUGAAGGGGAUAUCUGUGCCUUUGAGCUGAUCAGGAGGAAGCUGGAUGCAGUGCUAAAAGUCUCGAAAAUUAUGCAGGACGAUUGAACUAACCUUCAAACUAUGCCAAUUUGUCUAAGCUUAGUUGAUGUUUGACAUGCAGAAACUUAACAAGGUACUGUUUCCUUGGAUUUUGUUUUACUGCUAUGGCUUGUUGUAAUGGACUUUUAUGCAAAACCUUUUGGUGAAGCUUGUCCAUACUGCCUACUGGAUCUUGUUGAAGAAGUGUGGCAUUACAAACUUCUGCUAUUAUUGUUAAAGCCCUUU